GCGGCCCCCUCCUCCUGCUGCUCUUGUUGACUAAUCUCACAGGGUGGAGGGCAACUGGGCAUCCACCCUUGCUCACACACUCUUCCUGGCACCAUUCGAUGCUACCAGGCUGCUCGUAUAGGAUAUGGGAAUUCUGUUCGGAUGUUCCCACAAGAGCGACAUGAGGGUGUGCAUUUGGGGAUUUGUGGAGCUACACCUGCAGGAGAAACUAGCUGAGGACUCUUUCCUGCAAAGCUGAGGAGCUCUUACAGAUAAUACAGUGUCCUGACUGGCUAUAGCAUACUUUUUAUUUAUAUUUUCUCCUUUAUUUUUUUCUGGAGGUCUUGUUUAAAUGACUAAUUGUCCUUGAGAAAUAAGGUAGCCAUGUCGACUUCUCAGGCUUUACACCACAGCGGAGUCUACAACUAUUUCCUGAACAUGGUGGCUUAUCAGAUAUGCUGCUGCUGUGGCCCGGCACCGUGUUCCCUGUGCUGCUCCUUCUGUCCGCCCGUCAAAUCCUCAACCACCACGCGGGUCAUGUACACGCUAUUCCACAUCCUGGCCUGCACCGUCUCAUGCCUCAUGCUGUCUAAGACCGUGUCAGAGGCAGUGAGGGAGAAUGUGCCUUUCUUUAACGUGGUGUGUGAUGAGGCUCACGGUGGAGGAGACUGUCAGAUGCUGGUGGGCUACUCUGCCGUCUACAGGGUGUGUUUCGGCACAGCUUGUUUCUACCUGAUGAUGGCCAUCUUCCUCAUCGAUGUGAAGUCUAGUCAGGAUUUCCGAGCCCUCAUUCAUAACGGGUUUUGGUUUCUGAAGUUCAUCACCAUGCUUGGAAUGAUUGCUGCUGCCUUCUUUAUUCCCACAGAAUCCUUUUUGCAUGCCUGGCAUUAUGUUGGAGUAGUGGGAGGCUUUGCUUUUAUCCUCAUUCAACUCAUUCUCAUCACUGCUUUCGCUCAUACAUGGAAUAAGAACUGGUUAACCGGUGCAGCUGAGAAUAAGAGGUGGUACGUGGCAGUCAUGUGUGCUACCCUCUUUUUCUACACCGUCGCCACCAUGGCCUUCACUUUUAUGUACAAAUACUACACUCACCCAGCGGGAUGCCACCUGAAUAAAGCCCUGCUGUGGACCAACCUGGCCCUCUGCACCAUCAUGUCCUUUAUUGCAGUCACUCCCUGUGUGCAGCAAAAGCAGCCUCGCUCAGGACUCCUGCAGGCUUCCAUCAUUUGCUGCUAUGUCAUGUACCUGACCUUCUCUGCUCUGUCCAGCCGCCCACCAGAGAAGGUGGAGUAUCAGGGGGUCAACAUGACGGUGUGCUACCCCAAAGUCAGCAGGGAUGAGAUUCAAAACGAGGGCAAUGCGGUGGCCAUUAUUGGGGCUACAAUCAUGUACUGCUGUGUUCUCUUCGCAUGCAAUGAGGCUUCAUACUUAGCUGAGGUCUUUGGGCCUUUCUGGAUGAUAAAAGUUUACCGUUAUGAGUUCCAGAAAGCCUCCUGUUGCUUCUGCUGCCCAGAGGCCGAAGAUGAGGAAGAGUUCGUCAUUGACGAGAACAAAGGCUGUCAGAAAGUCAUCCACAAUGAGACCCAGCGCGUCGCCUACAGCUACUUUUUCUUCCAUUUUGUUUUCUUUCUGGCUUCCCUCUACGUAAUGAUGACCCUCACUAAUUGGUUCAGUUACGAGACUGCUGUGCUGGAGACCACCUUCACCCACGGGAGUUACUCCACAUUCUGGGUCAAGCUGUCCUCCUGCUGGGCGUGUGUGGUUCUGUAUCUGUGGCUCCUCCUGGGUCCCCUGUGCCACUGCCAGUCUGAUCACAAACGACCUCGCCGCGCCCGCAUCAAGAGACGGGCCGCCACCCACCGCCACGUUAGCGUCAGCGUCUGAUUUACAGACAGUGGGGAUUCGUGCCAGUUACUGGGGAUUUCCACCGCAAAGGAACUGGGUCACGGCGGAUCUCUGAACGCUGAAGAGCAGACUUCAGUUCAAUUAACAUUGAUCCUCCUGACUGUCCUGUUAGGAUUACUAUCACCAGCACGAUGAAUGCAAUUCAACAUGGGAACAGAAAAUGUUAAACAUGUUUAAGACUGUACAAACAUACCUUAAGGGGAUGUGCUACAAUUGCCAAAAGGAAUAUGUCAUUAACGUUUUCUGAACAAGCUGGAUGUCUGUAUGUUUAGUGUUAUUUUUAUUUUUUUUAAAUGUAGAAUUUUUUUUUUUUAUUGGCUUACAGCGUAGACAUAUGGAAAUGACUUGAGAUAGGCUUUUCCCGAAAUAGGCUUUAAUUCAAGCUUUUGUUAAAUGUAUGCAUAUUAAGAUGGAUAAAUUAUGUGAGCAAUGCUUUAUUUCAGUGAUCUGUGGCUUAUGUCUAUAUAUAUAAUUUUUCUCUGGGGACUUGCCCCACCCACUCUCUCAGCCAAUCAAAGGCCACAGGGAGAAAAAGCUGUUAUCUAAAGUAUAAUGACUUUAAUAGCCCUGCGACAGCCACAGUAUUUAGCCCUAAUUGCAUGUUUAUGUUAGAAACUUAGAUGUGACUGUCAUAAAAGAGAAGUUAUUUUUGUAAAUAUAUUUUCAACAAAACACA